GCCAGAAGGGUCUUGAGCCAAUCAAAAGGCUCAGGACGCCACCUCAUAAAUCUUAUCUUACCACUUUAGUUUGGGUUUUUUUUCUUCUAUAUUAUAUUAGAUGCAGUCUACAUAUACAGAUGUCGAACUUCCUUGUUUGUUAGAAAUAAAUAAACGAUAACCAAAUCGAGCCUGACCUAGUGGAUACACUGAUGACAAAAAUGGAGGAAACACGUGUGCAGAAGGAAGAUUGAGAAGAGGGCUGCCUGGGCGAGCAACGACAAUAAUCCAGCAGAUCUCCAGACUCCUCCCCUCUCCCUGAGCUGGCUGUUUAAUUCCCGUGAGGUGAUGCCUGGUUAGUAACUUAAUAAAGCUGCUGGAUGCAAUCCCGGGGCACAAUGUGUGGAUCAUGUUCGUCUGACAGACCUGCUCUCUGCUCUGCUCCUGCUCUCACACUGCCUGCUGCUUUGCUGAGGUUCCUGUCCUGGUGUAACUGUCAGAGCAUAAUGGUGGCUUUCAAAGGAAUCUGGACCAAGGACUUCUGGAGGGCUGUGUCUGGAGAAUACCUGGCAACUCUCAUCUUUGUCCUCCUCGGUCUGGGCUCCACUAUCGACUGGGCUGCAGGGGAGGAGAAACCUCCACCAGCUGAUUUAGUCCUUAUCUCCCUGUGCUUUGGACUGAGCAUCGCCACCAUGGUGCAGUGUUUUGGACACAUCAGCGGGGGACACAUUAACCCUGCGGUCACUGCAGCUAUGGUAGUAACUAGAAAGCUCAGCCUGGCAAAGGGAUUGUUCUAUGUGGUGGCUCAGUGCCUGGGAGCAAUCACAGGAGCUGGGAUCCUCUACCUGGUCACUCCUGCUGGCUUGCGAGGCCCCCUCGGUGUGACGACAGUGAACUCAAACCUUUCAUUGGGUCAUGGCCUUCUUGUGGAGCUCCUCAUCACAUUCGAACUUGUCUUCACUGUCUUCGCCACUUGUGAUCCCAAACGCUCAGACCUGGGAGGCUCUGCUAGCCUCUCUAUUGGUUUAGCUGUAGCUAUUGGACACUUAUUUGCAAUCCCCUUUACAGGAGCCAGCAUGAACCCUGCUCGAUCCUUCGGGCCUGCAGUAGUCACUCUGAACUUUGAGCACCACUGGGUGUACUGGCUUGGACCCAUUCUUGGGGCCAUCAUGGCUGCAGGUCUGUAUGAGUACCUGUAUUGCCCUGACCCUGAGAUGAAGGAGAGGCUGAAGCAGGUCUUCCAGAAGGACCCAUCAGGGAAAUACCGGGAGGUAACAGACGAUCUGGCUAUCAAGCCGGGUUCUAUCUCUGACAUGGAGAAAGGCGAGAAAAAGGAUUCUUUCCAGGACUCGACAGGAGAAGUACCAUCUUCUGUAUGACUAUCACGUGCACUGGAAAUGGAGACCAAUCUGUAGAGCAGAGUGGCAAUCAAACUUUGGAGUAUCCAUCUCGAGCCUGCCCCCCCCCCCCCCCCCCCAUCUGACUUCAAAGACUUGAAAUCAUCCAAGCAGAAUAUGAUUUCUGUCCAUGAGGUGUCACAGAAAAAGGCUGAAUUACUCUCAUUGUCAUAAAGCUAAUAUGCUGUUAUGGCUCAAUCCCACAACCUGUUCAAUACUCCUCCUGAGGCCUUCUCUGAAUGAUUUUGUUGCAGUGUUGGCAUGCAGCGCACACAUUGCACCCCUCAGAACGACAGCAGCGCAGCAAUACAUCGGGUUGAGGAAAUAUGCGGAGAGGGUCGAGCAAUAACGAGGGGUCAUCACGCUGAAUUGGAGAAGUGAAGAAGAAAAUGCAGGCUUGUUAUUUUUGGAUUAGUGUCAUAGUUGGUCCACGUACUGUAUAUGUAAUAACAGCCAGGGAUUUUCCUUGUGAUCAUUAAGCACAUUACAAGUCCCAAGCAAUAUAAGACAGCUCAGACAAGCUUUAUCAUCAGAGCCAUGUUCCAGUGUUCUCUAUUUUCAGUGCAUUAGUCAGCGAAAAAAACAGCUCAUCUUUAUGGAAACACUCAGUCUGUCUCAACUUUUCCAGUUUCUUUAUUGUGAUAUGGUGGUUUUAUUUUUUUAUUUAAAUCAUUUUAAUUCUUAGAUGUUUUUAAUUUAUAGAUCUAGAUGUAGCUACGGUCUUAUUUCUCUUUGUGAUUUACAUAUUUCAUACUCAAGCAUUUUUUAAAGUAAUUUGCUGAUCUGUUGUUUGCCUAGAUGAAUUAGUGUUUAAAUAUUUCUUAUAUUCAAUGCUUAUAAUGU